ACCUGCGGUGUGGGGCCCGGCGACUCCAUGGGCCUCAGUCUCUCCUCUGGUAACGUGAGCUUCGCUUCCAGAGACAGGGGCCCGCCUCGCCGGGCUGGGCGCACCUCCUGGGGCGGGACUGGCUCCAACCUGGGCCCCUUGCUGCGGCGUUCUCUGUGGCCGAGGCCAGGCCGUCCCCGGGGUGGCCAGGAGAGCACCGUAAACUCUUCAGCCUGUUCCGUGGCCGCGAUCUCGGAAAAAGCACCAAUUCUGUGAUGUGCAGCAGCAUUUACUGGGCAUCUAUGACCCUGUGAUUGGCUUUGGGGUCUUUUUCUGUAAGGAGUCGAGUAAAGGAGAAGUACAUCUGCAUGAUGAACACCUAAAUAUGGUCCUGCUCUGUCACUCAGGAUGGAAUACAGUAGUGUUGUGAUCAUAGCUUACUGCAGCCUCGAACUCCUGGGCUCAAGUGAUCCUCCUGCCUCAGCCUUCCAAAGCAUUGGGAUUACAGGCAUGAGCCACCAUACCCAGCCAGCCAAAGCCUCUGUUUUUGCCCAUAUCACACUCACUCUCCUCCAGAAGACAAGGGCCAUAUCUGGUUAAUCUCCUGCUGUUCCACUCAAUGCCUGGCUAAUCAUAGGUGAGCAGUAAAUAUUUAUCAGUGAGUAACUGGAGAACAACAUGGCCCUUCCUUAUAGGCCAAAAAGCAAAUGGAUUUCCACCUGACAAGUCCUCGGGAUCCAAGAAGCAGAAACAAUAUCAGCGGAUUCGGAAGGAGAAGCCUCAACAACACAACUUCACCCACCGCCUCCUGGCUGCAGCUCUGAAGAGCCACAGCGGGAACAUAUCUUGCAUGGACUUUAGCAGCAAUGGCAAAUACCUGGCCACCUGUGCAGAUGAUCGCACCAUCCACAUCUGGAGCACCAAGGACUUCCUGCAGCGAGAGCACCGCAGCAUGAGAGCCAACGUGGAGCUGGACCACGCCACCCUGGUGCGCUUCAGCCCUGACUGCAGAGCUUUCAUCGUCUGGCUGGCCAACGGGGACACCCUCCGUGUCUUCAAGAUGACCAAGCGGGAGGAUGGGGGCUACACCUUCACAGCCACCCCAGAGGACUUCCCUAAAAAGCACAAGGCGCCUGUCAUCGACAUUGGCAUUGCUAACACAGGGAAGUUUAUCAUGACUGCCUCCAGUGACACCACUGUCCUCAUCUGGAGCCUGAAGGGUCAAGUGCUGUCUACCAUCAACACCAACCAGAUGAACAACACACACGCUGCUGUAUCUCCCUGUGGCAGAUUUGUAGCCUCGUGUGGCUUUACCCCGGAUGUGAAGGUUUGGGAAGUCUGCUUUGGAAAGAAGGGGGAGUUCCAAGAGGUGGUGCGAGCCUUCGAACUAAAGGGCCACUCCGCGGCUGUGCACUCGUUUGCUUUCUCCAACGACUCGCGGAGGAUGGCUUCUGUCUCCAAGGAUGGUACAUGGAAACUGUGGGACACAGAUGUGGAAUACAAGAAGCAGCAGGACCCCUACUUGCUGAAGACAGGCUGCUUUGAAGAGGCAGCGGGCGCCGCGCCAUGCUGCCUGGCCCUCUCCCCCAACGCCCAGGUCUUGGCCUUGGCCAGUGGCAGUAGUAUUCAUCUCUACAAUACCCGGCGGGGCGAGAAGGAGGAGUGCUUUGAGCGGGUCCAUGGCGAGUGUAUCGCCAACUUGUCCUUUGACAUCACUGGCCGCUUUCUGGCCUCCUGUGGGGACCGGGCGGUGCGGCUCUUUCACAACACUCCUGGCCACCGGGCCAUGGUGGAGGAGAUGCAGGGCCACCUGAAGCGGGCCUCCAAUGACAGCACCCGCCAGAGGCUGCAGCAGCAGCUGACCCAGGCCCAAGAGACCCUGAAGAGCCUGGGUGCCCUGAAGAAGUGACUCUGGGAGGGCCCGGCGCAGAGGAUUGGAGGAGGGAUCUGGCUUCCUCGUGGCGCUGCUGCCACCCUUCCUCCCGGGUGGAAGCCUUUCAGAAGGAGUCUCCUGGUUUUCUUACUGGUGGCCCCGCUUCUUCCCAUUGAAACUACUCUUGUGUACUUAGGUCUCUCUCUUCUUGGUGGCUGUGACUCCUCCCCGACUAGUGACCAAGGUGCUUUUCUUCCUCCCAGGCCCAGUGGGUGGAAUCUGUCCCCACCCGGCACUGAGGAGAAUGGUAGAGAGGAGAGGAGAGAGAGAGAGAACAUGAUUUUUGGCCUUGUGACAGCACAUUCUCACACCCAAAGAAGUUUGUAAAUGUUCCAGAGCAACCUAGAGAACACCUGAGUACUAAGCAGCAGUUUUGCAAGGAUGGGAAACUGGGAUAGCUUCCCAUCACAGAACUGUGUUCCAUCAGAAAGAUACUAAGGGAUUUCCUUCUGGGCCUCAGUUCUAUUCGUAAGAUGGAGAAUAAUCCUCUCUGUGACCUCCUUGCAAAGAUGAUGUGAGGCUAAGAGAGUAUUAAGUCCCUAGGUCUGGAAGAAAAGUGGAAAAGAGUAGUACUAUUGUCCAAUGUCAUGAAAGUGGUAAAAGUGGGAACCAGUGUGCUUUGAAACCAAAUUAGAAACACAUUCCUUGGGAAGGCAAAGUUUUCUGGGAUUUGAUCAUACAUUUUAUAUGGUUGGGACUCCUCUCUUCGGGAGAUGAUAUCUUGUUUAAGGAGAGCUCUUUUCAGCUCAUCAAGGUCAUCAGAUGUUUGAGUGCCUACUCUGUGCCCAAAUAAAUAUGAGCUUGGGAUUAAAUACGAAUAAGACAUGGUUUCUGCCAUCAAAGAUGGCUGGUGGGAGAGAGAGAUACGCCCUUAUUAAGUGCUUUGUGUUAGUUUAUUCAUAGCUACUGUUACAUAGGUCAAGGCUAGAGAGGACCAGAGCAGGACAGAGGCAAUGGGUAUUGAAGUUGAAGGGGUACAUUUGAUAAGAGAUUCGGUAUUGAGAAGUUUAAAUUUGUGAAUUUGAAGGCUGCUUGGAUGUGGCAGGUAAGGGAAAUGAGGUAUCUGGGAAGACUUGAGUGUAGGCAAAUUUAUUCAUCCCAAGUCAAACUCGAUCUCUCUCACGAAAACUAUGACCCCCCCUGGUUGCCCCCGACUUCUCAAUGUUGGAACAAGCCACAACCUUGGAGUUAUCCGUGAUGACUCCCCAUUCAUUAUCCCCUCUGUCCCACCACCACUGCCGUCGUCUGUCUGUUCACCAGAACGUUCUUUUGGUUACACUCCACGUGACAUCCUGAGGCUGUUGAUUCUCUCCGUCUUUUCUGUUACCAUCCUAGUCCUGGCCACUGUCACCUAGUGGGCCACUAUAAAAUAUGGCUUCCUAAUGGAUCUUCCUGCUACCUCUUGCCUCAUUACUUUUCUGUAUAGCAGAGUGAUCUUUUGAAAAUGUGAACCAGAUCACAUUAUUCCCUAGUUAAAACCCCCCAAGGCUUCCCAUCACACUUGGAAUAAAAUCCAAAAGAAUUUUUCUAAACCAAAAA